UAUUUAUGUUUUAAAAUUUUGACGUCGGGAAUACUAGCAAAUGUAUUUGUUAUUUACGUAAAUUUAUCCUGUACCCAGUUAUUUUUCUAUUAUUGGUAUACGUUAUACGUUGUUACAUAACUUGGUUUUGCAAGUCAAAUGGCACACCGGCAGAAAGACUCAAACAGAGAAUCGCCGUGGUCCAAAUUUUUCAGUAAAUGGAGUAAACGACGCCGGAAGAAAGACUCAGACAGAGAAUUGGCGUGGUCCAAAUUUUUCAGUAGAUGGACUAAACGGAGUGCAAAAUCAGUGAAUGAAGAUAUUCCUUAUAAAUAUCUUACCGGACAGACUGCAUCUCUCGACAAGAGAAAAUUGCGUCCAGUUAGAAGCAGUCAACUUUUUAAAAAAUCCAAAUAUGGAAAGAUUAACAAAUAUACGGAAGUCCAGAGAAAAGUUCCGAGAAGGAAACGCCCAAAUGUGGCCACUAAUGACGUUAAUACAGUGGAUGAGAAAUCACUGCAGCAAUUUCAAGAACUUGGAUCCAAAGAUGGGGAUUCAUUACCAGUUGCAGAUGACCUCGUAUCCAGCAAAUGCCACAAAGAGUCUAUAGUGGACAUCAAUGAGGAACUAAAUACUACCGUAUUUGACCGGUCUCCACACGUAAUUCAGUCACAGCAGAACCACCAAGAUGACCAUGUAUCCAGCAAGUGCCAGAAAGAGUCUCCAGUGGAUGCCAGUGGGAAACCAAAUACUGCCAUUUUUACUUGGUCUCGUCUGCAUGCAACUCGAUCACAACAGAACCAUCAAGAAGGGUAUAAAUAUGAAGAAGAUGAGUUAUCCCCUAUUUUCAAAAAGCCCAGACUGCUUGCUCAGUGUAUAAGGAAAUUCGAAACAGAUACUGGUGAUCAGGAUUUUGACACGCCAGUGAAGAGGAAGAAAGAAUGUUAUAAGAGGAGGAGGAAGAGGAGGAGGGUAACGAGUGAGACAGUUUGCAAGCAUGAAAAUGAAGAUACAGCAUCUUUCUCCAAGCCACGAAAAUGCAUGGUUGAUGAACUGGCUACUGUGAAUUGCUGUUUGAAAAAGGAUGUGUCAAUAAGUGUUUCUGGCCCAGAAGCUUCCAAAUUAAUGAAACCUCAAGUUUGCAAACAUGAAGAUGAAGACUCAACAUCUUUCUCCAAGCCACGAAAAUGCAUGGAUGAUGAACUGGCUACUGUGAAUUGCAGUUUGAAAAAGAAUGUGUCAGUAAGUGUUUCUGGCCCAGAAGCUUCCAAAUUAUCGAAACCUCAAGUUUGCAAGCAUGAAAAUGAAGAUACAGCAUCUUUCUCCACGCCACGAAAAUGCAUGGUUGAUGAACUGGCUACUGUGAAUUGCAGUUUGAAAAAGGAUGUGUCAACAAGUGUUUCUGGCCCAGAAGCUUCCAAAUUAACGAAACCUCAAGGUCAUAGAAAUGGGUGUGAAGAUCAGAUACCACCCUCAGUGCCAGGAGAGUGCAAGCGUAAUGGAUUGGAUGGACCAAAUUUCAGUGUGCAAACUAAUGUAGCUACAAAUAAGUCUGAUUCAAAAAGCUGUAAGCUAUCAAAGGCCCAUGAUCAUAGAAAUGGAUGUGAAGAUAAGAUACUGCCCUCAGUGCCAGGAGAAUGCAUGCGUAAUGGAUUGGAUGGACCAAAUUCCAGAGUGAAAACUAAUGUAGCUACAAAUAAAUCUGAUUCAAAAAGCUGUAAGCUUUCAAAGCCACAGGAUCAUAGAAAUGGAUGUGAAGAUAAGAUACUGCCCUCAGUGCCAGGAGAAUGCAUGCAUAAUGGAUUGGAUGGACCAAAUUCCAGAGUGAAAACUAAUGUAGCUACAAAUAAAUCUGAUUCAAAAAGCUGUAAGCUUUCAAAGCCACAGGGUCACAGAAAUGGAUAUGAAGAUAAGGUAUUGCCCUCAUUGCCAGGAGAGUGCAUACAUAAUGGACUGGGUGGACCAAAUUCCAGUUUGAAAACUGAUACAGUUACAAAUAGUUCUCACUCACAACCCUCUAAACUGUUAAUGCCUCGAGAUUAUAUAUAUUAUCGAAAAAGAACUAAGAAGAAACCUUGGCCGUAUAUUAUAGUGGAAAGUGACACCGAUGAAGACGAAUAAUAAUUCAACAAAAUUUAUGGUGAUAUUCAACUGCUGCUGUCACUGAAGAAUUGUUGUUUCCAUCCAGUAACACAAAAGGCUAAUGGAUGUGUAUGCCUUUGUGAUAGUUCCAAGACUAAAAAGACUGCAGGAGCUGUGAAAGAGAUUGAAAUCAGUUUUUAAAUGUGAUUUCUGGUGAAGAUCAUUACAAGAAAUCUAUCAAACAUUUCUACCUACUUUGUGAUACCCACAGAAACAAGGACGUAAUGAAUAAUGACACUAGGAACUUCAACUUGAGCUUUCUGCUGUUUAAAAAUGAUAAUAUAUUGGAGAAUAAAACCUCAUGUUUAUUUUAUGGUUUUAUAUUGACUUGAUACAGUAUUGUUUUUAAACAUUACCAUUGAAUGACUUUUAAUUGAAAACUAACAUCUUAGUUAUAUGAAAGAAUAGUUCUUUAAGUUAACAGUUGGCAUUCUGUUCACUUAAAUAAUAUGGCAGCAUCUGAUUUUGCUUAUCAGUACUUGACAUAUUCAGAUUAUGUUUGAUUGUGUGAUAAUCACAAGAAAACCAAACUGUAAACUCAAAAACCUGUUCCCUGUGACUUUGUUGCUUGUACUAACAUGUAUACACUGUUGCAAAACUAGACUCCAUAGUAGGCUUGUGAACAUGCACAUUUAUAAGUGUCACACUGGUUUGUUGGUUGUGGAAGUGGUUACAAGAGUGAGCUACUCUGGACUAGUGGACUUGUUUUUGGACUUGUGUUGACAUUUAUAUGUACCAGCUGCAACGAAUGUCCUAAAAUGUUCGUCUAGACAUGAUCAGUCUUCCGUCCACAAUUUUUUACUGAAUUCUGAAAUAUUAUAAUUGUAUAUUACAUAAUUUUUUAAACAUUUGUACCAUCAAUAUUAGCCUCAUCAAGGCAUGUAUACUUUAUAAACUUAUAAUUUUUUAGGUACAAAACAGCAACAUAUGCCAGUGACAUCUGCUUAUCAUUGCAGAUAUUUUAUAAAAGUUUUACAUGUGCAUUAAAUGCAUUAACAUUUCUCCACGUGGUGUAAUUUUUAUGUAUUUCCAAUAUGUACA